UCUCUCUCUCUCUCUCUGCUCUCUCUCUCUCUCCACACCACUGAAGCUUCGAAUCUCGGGAGAGUGCUUUUGGCGAUGGUGACACCUAAGGCGGCGCAUUCUCCUUCUCAAUACCUUUUUCCGACGGCCGUUUAGGCUAAUCGGUGCUCUUUCACGUACUAAGGCCUAACCUGAGCCACCGUAUACCUCGGCAAUGGAGGGCCGAGCGGCGGCCUGCUCUUCUCUGUUUGUGGCUAUUGCGACGUUGAUCGCCGGUUUCUUUGCGGCGGUGGAUGCUACUACUGAUCCUAAUGACGUUCAAGGGCUCCAGGUACUUUACACUUCACUAAAUAGUCCUCCACAGCUAACUGGCUGGAAAUCAAGUGGUGGUGAUCCGUGUGGAGAGUCAUGGAGUGGGAUCACCUGUCAAGGUUCUUCUGUUGUCUCUAUCCAGUUAUCUGGAAUGGGACUCAAUGGAACAAUGGGAUAUUUGCUAAACAAACUUGCUUCAGUUACAACAUUAGACAUGAGUAACAACAAUAUUCACGAUUCAAUUCCAUAUCAGUUGCCACCAAACCUCACAAGCUUAAAUGUUGCGGGAAACAAUUUAAGUGGAAAUAUUCCUUAUUCUUUAUCCAAUAUGGGCUCCCUUAAUUACCUGAACAUCAGCCGAAACAUAAUGUCUCAAUCAAUUGGAGAUAUGUUCGCCAACCAUUCUGCUUUAGCCACCUUGGAUAUAUCCUUCAACAGUUUUGCUGGAGAUCUCCCGCCUUCCUUCACGUCACUGACUAAUCUCUCAACCCUUCUAGCACAGAACAAUCAACUUACAGGUUCUCUCGGUGUCCUCGUCGGUUUGCCUUUGACAACUUUAAAUGUCGCAAACAACCAUUUCAGUGGCUGGAUACCUCAAGAACUAAUUACAAUUCCGAACUUCGUAUACAAUGGGAACACAUUUUCUAAUGGUCCUGCUCCACCUCCCCCACCUUACACUGCACCUCCUCCCGGUAGAUCACGCAAUAAUAACGGGACACAAUCUUCUCCUCCUCGAGCUCAUAAUCCUAAUGCCAAUGUCCCUAUAAAUUCGCAUAACGAGCGUAAGAAUGGGUUGACAGCUGGCGCUAUAGUUGGAAUAGUUAUCGGAUGUGGAGUUGGAGCAAUACUUUUGCUGCUUGCACUUGUGUUUUGCCUUAGGAAGGGUAACAAGAAGGAAGUUGCUGCUCGACUCUCGAUAGGAAGUCAAACUGCAAGCAUUGAUAAUGUUGGCACUUUAUUCAUUUUCACCUCAUUCUUACAUUUUCGGGCAUUAUUUCUAGUGAGCAUGGAGAUGCAAACACAAAGGUCAAAGCCGCCUUCAUCUGCAGCAUCUGAUCACUUGAAGUUUCCACCAGUCGAAAGUGUUGCAACAAUCGAAAGGUUACAAGGGAAAAAAAGCGGAUCUUUGAAAAGGGUGAAAUCUCCACUAACUGCUACUUCAUACACAGUUGCUGCUCUUCAAACCGCGACUAAUAGCUUUAGCCAAGAGAAUCUAGUCGGUGAAGGCUCUCUCGGUCGUGUCUAUAGAGCCGAAUUCCCCAAUGGAAAGAUACUUGCCGUAAAAAAAGUCGACAAUUCGGCAUUGUCACUUCAGGAAGAAGAUGAUUUUCUCGAAGCUGUUUCGAACAUGUCACGGUUAAGGCAUCCAAAUAUUGUACCUUUGGUAGGGUACUGUGCCGAGCACGGACAGCGCCUUCUUGUACAUGAUUAUGUUGGUAAUGGCUGCUUGCACGAUAUGCUUCACUUUGCUGACGAUAGGAGUAGGAUGCUGACGUGGAACUCUCGAGUCAGAGUAGCACUCGGGACUGCUCGAGCUUUGGAGUACUUGCAUGAAGUGUGUUUGCCUUCGGUUGUUCAUAGAAACUUAAAGUCGGCAAAUAUAUUACUUGAUGACGAGCUGAAUCCUCACAUUUCAGAUUGUGGAUUAGCUUCUCUGGCACCAAACACCGAACGACAGGUGUCGUCGACCCAGAUGAUAGGCUCGUUCGGUUACAGUGCACCUGAAUUCGCCUUGUCCGGAAUAUAUACUGUGAAAAGUGAUGUGUACAGCUUUGGUGUUGUUAUGCUCGAGCUUCUGACCGGACGAAAGCCUCUAGAUAGUUCAAGGGCGAGAUCCGAACAGUCACUCGUGAGAUGGGCAACUCCCCAACUACAUGAUAUCGAUGCUUUAGCAAAGAUGGUGGACCCCACCCUAAAUGGCAUGUACCCUGCAAAGUCGUUGAGCCGAUUUGCUGACAUCAUCGCUAUUUGUGUCCAGCCCGAACCCGAAUUUCGACCCCCUAUGUCGGAGGUAGUACAAGCGCUUGUCCGAUUAAUGCAGAGGGCAAGCAUUGUGAAAAGACGAUCCAGUGAGGAAUCGGGUUUCGGAUUCAGAACUCCGGACCCUGAACCAAGUGACGAGUUAUGACACUACUCGUCAGGCUAAGCUUGUAAUAAACGUACGCCUUUUGACAUUUUUGGGGACUCCAAGGUUGGCCGAAAGCCGAAAGGUGUGAGAUUUUCCGAUUGAUAAAUGAGAAAUGCCAAAAAAAAAAUGUAAGUAUUUUGAUCACGGUUCAUGAGAGACUCACUUCUUUAUGUGUUUGUUUGUUGUAUACAGUUUCUUGGACUGGCAAUUGUUUUAUUUAUUUAUUUCCAUAUGUGAAACAAUUUUUUUAACUAAAGACAAAUUAGGGAAAGAAAAUGGAAUUGGAUGAUUGUUUGACCAAGUUUCUAGUUCAAUAAUGUUAUUGAAGGAUUUUAAAUUCUUCUAAUAUGUACAUAACGAUAUCUUUUCUGUGUCCCUUGUACUCAAAUGAAGAUAUAUGAUUCAAUUUUU